CCCACGUCCCUCACUAUCCCACAAUGCCGCAGUAACUGGUCGCCAUGGCGCAAGGUCGGUUGAAGCUGGCGGCGCGGGCCCCGGCGGGUAAGAAGCCGAAGGGGAAGCGAGGCGGAGUCGCUCAGCCCCGGAAAGGAGGGAGAAUAAUCGCUCCAAAAAAGACUCGAGUUGUUCAACAGCAGAAAUUGAAGAAGAACCUGGAAGUUGCGAUAAGGAACAGGAUUGAGCACGAUGUCACCAUGAAAGCUAGCUCCAACAUGCCCAAGAAACUGAGUAUUGUCAAAGCGCCACAGAAGAAGGGCAAGGCAAACAAUUAAACAUUUACCAGCCUGGAAUGUAUCUCCAGAUAUCGGAAAGGAGCUCAGCAAAGCUUGUAAAGUGAUAUCGCCAAUAUACUUUCGUCCUCUUUGGAUACAUUUUGAUUCAUUCAUUAAAAAAAAUAUAUAUUUUG